AUGAAACCCGAGGGCAGCGAACAUACGGCGGAAGUAAACGCCAGUGACUUCCGAAGCGUAAAACUUCCAACUUUCUGGAAGGAUGAUUCGAAGCUGUGGUUCGCCAUGUUGGAGAAAGAAUUCGCAGCAUACGGGAUAAAAUCUGACGCGGUAAAGUGCGCGUCCGUUCUCCGUCAUCUAGACAGUAACACGGUAAGAGUUGUGGCAGAUAUAAUUUCAGCCCCGGACGGCGACGACUCAUACAAUAGGGUGAAAGAAGCCCUCAUAGACAGAUUAGCGUCGUCGGAAGAGACGCAACUACGCCAAUUAUUCAGCGGCAUUGAGCUGAACGGUCGGAAACCUUCCGAACUCCUAAGGGAGAUGCAACUGCUCUCUGGAACGAAGGUAAGCGGAAAAGCGUUACAAACCCUUUGGUUACAAAGACUGCCCACGCGCAUCCAGGAGAUCUUGGUCGUGAUGGACGACGUGCCUUUGGAUAAGCUGGCCAUUUUGGCUGACAAGACUAUAGAACGGUCUUUCUCCGAACCGGCGGCCAUCGCGGAAUGCGAAGCAAACAUUCCCGCCAACGCAUCCGCACGUGAACAAAGUGCGGAAAUAGCCGCGCUCACUCGAAAAUUGAGCGAACUGGAAUCGUUGGUACGAAAUAGUUUCAACAGACGACCCAGAAACCGCAGCCGCCCACGGUAUUUUAGGGGUCGCAGUAACUCCCGCAAUCGAAGUGGCGACCGAAGUUACAGGCAAGGACAACAGGACUUCUGUUAUUUCCACAGGAGAUUUAAAGAAAGAUCCUUCAGAUGCGUUCAGCCCUGUAAUUGGACCGGACAGGACGCUCGCAGCAACAAGGAAAACUAA